AACGAUUAAACAUAGGCUAAUGACUUGGACGUUGGCAAAUUUGCCGGGGAAACAUCAAGCUCUAAAAGAAAGAAGUAAUAAAAUGUAACAAAUUGUUGCUCAAUUUGAAGUAUUGGGACUAUUUUUUUUCAAGGAGGAGCAGAAUGUAUGGAUAGCGAAAUGUGAAAUUUUAUAAUGCUUGGAAAAUUACGGAAGUAAAACCCCAACCGGUGUAUGGAACGCAUCGGCCGUGUGUACGCAGAUUUCAGCGUGGAAGUGUGCGCUGAGGGCUAGACAAAGGGAAGCUAUGUGUUCCAUUUAAAGAAAUUGAACUGUAGGAUCUUUGAUACAUAUAAAGCUGCAGUAUGAGUAGCUAGUCUGAAUCACAAGAGGUGCUGUGGUCAAGUGGAUAAGUCUCCCGGCCGUGAAUCAUAAGGUUCGAAUCCCUGCCACAGUAAGCAAUACUAUCGUCCCUCGGCAGGGCAUGAUGCUACAUAUUGCACUCUCGACCCGGGUGAAUGCAGCGCUACGGUUGCCGGAGCUAAAGCCGGGGAUACUAUCCGGCGUUCUUUUGGAAGCGCGUGAUGCUAUAGCGCUGUGGAAGAACGGCAUAUUAUAGUAUCAUCAUUAGAAGUUUUGUGUCUAGGGAGUGUGUCUGUGGACUUCAUAUUAGAUCAGGAUGGCAACAGGAAGAAGUUAUUUCAAAUUCACUAAACUGGUGGACGAGGACGAAGAGAAGGUAUUCGAGGAAAAUUCAGAUGUCGAAGAAAACAGAUUCGACGACGACGAUGAUGACCUCAAAAAUAAAUUUCCCUGCAUCACAGUUGAACCGGUCGUUCUCCUCUUCUACAUGGCGUACAGUAUGACGUCGACAAUGCGAACGGAAUACGUCACAAUGCGCAUCUACAAAGAGUAUAACAUCCAUAACGAUUUGAACUUGAACCUUGACCCCUGGAAGGAUGACUGCGAUAUACCAAUCAACGCAAGCGUCUCAGCCAUCGCGAAGAUGGAGAACGCUCAAGCCGACGCUUCCUAUUGGCUGUUGAUUUACAAUCUGGUUCAAAUAUUCCCCGCGAUGAUUGUCUCACCGUUGAUCGGAUCAUGGAGUGAUCGCGCAGGUCGCAAGAAGGCGAUGCUGCUACCAACUAUCGGCUAUUUGAUCGGAAUUUCAAUUUGGCUUGCAGUUGUCUAUUAUAGCUUACCAAAAUCCUAUCUCACCAUCGCACAUUUUAUCAUGGGAUCGUUUGGGGAUUUCCCAACACUUCUCGCCGUCUGCAAUGCUUACAUGUGUGACAUCGCUACACACCAAUCGCGAACAUAUCGCAUGAUCAUUCUCGGUAUCGUAAUCGAAUUCACAACCGGUGUAUCACAAGUCGCUAUCGGAUUUUCGAUAUUCUAUUCAGGUUUCACAGCUCCGUUUUGGUUUAUUAUCGCCGCUAUCGCGACAGCCAUUAUUUACAUUAUAUUUUUCAUUAAGGAAUCCAAUUUGAAGGCCGGCGAGGAGCCGACAAGCUUUUUUUCCGCGUCACAGUUUGAUGCUAUAUACGCGCUUUUCGCGAACGCCGAAUCGAAGAAGAGGAGUCAGCUAGUCUCCUACCUAGUCGUUCUUAGCGUUCACAUGAUGAUUCUCCAUUCAACUUACCUGUUGGUCUUAUUAUUUGUUCUAAGCCCACCGCUGUGUUGGACGUCUAUCAUUGUAGGAUUCUACGUAGCUUGUUCUCUUCUACUUGGUUCAGUUGGAACUAUGGUUGGCGGGAAGAUUUGCAGCGGCAUGACAGACGAUCUAUCCAUCGCUCAGGUCGGGAUCUGGUCUAGUCUCAUUGGUCUAACAUUCACCGCUUUCGGUGAUUCGAGUUUUGUGCUCUUUAUCGCCGCCACCUUGGGUUCAUUCCGGUUUCUGACGUCACCAUCGAUGAGAUCAAGCCUUUCCAAACUGGCCAAUGAAAAUGAACAGGGUGCUAUAAUGGCUUGUGCAGGCUGUGUUGAAAGUCUCGGCAAUCUGAUUGGUCCAUCCUUGUUUAACCUCAUCUACAGUCUCACUCUGGAUUACUUUCGAGGGCUUGUUUUCCUUGUCAUGGCCGCGCUAUACGUUCCAAUAUCAGUACUUGUCACGUUUUACCAAUGGUCAGACUGGAUCAAGAGUGCGCCACCUAGCGUUGACAAACAAGAUAAUGACGACAAAGAUAAGAAAUAGUGUACAUUAUACAGUCAAACCUGCUUUAGUGAUCACCCGUCUACAAAGACCACAUGUUGUGUUUCCCUUGAAAAAAGGUUUCUCAUUG